AUGGCGCAUGCUGCUUCUGACGCGAUUCGCUCCGGGUGGAACUUGAGCUCUAGGCAUGUGGGAUUCCUCCUGUUCUUGGGGGUGGCCACAUCUGGACCUGCCCUUGGUCGCCUGUCCAUUGACGAUGGCCACCUUGUCAUUACCACCCCGGUCGCGAAGCUGCUAGAUGGUGACCAGCCGCUCUUGGACAUUCCGCUGAGUUCGAACGUCUUGAUUGAUGUUGGGACUCACAGAGAGUCAACCUUUCUACAACGGCUGAGAAGUGAUCCCACGGCAUGGGUUAUCGCAUUCGAGCCGGACUACCUGCACUAUGCACACCAUCUUGUAAAUCAUGCACACCCGCACCUGAUCUUGAUCAAUGCGGCGGUGGGCAACAGCUCCAGAGGCUGGUCAACCCUAUAUCGCUGGGCCUAUGCGGGGGAGGAGUGGCGAUUCAACAGUGGUGCAAAGACGCAGAUGGGUUCCUUGCUGCAAGCUGAUCCAAGCAAACAUCUCGCUGCCCAUGAGACGAUGCAAGUGGCUGUGGUGUCCCUCAGAGACAUCCUGGCCGUUUUGCCGGAUCGAGUGCAGAUCUUGAAAAUUGAUGUCCAGGGUGCGGAUCUUGAAGUUGUAAAGUCUGCUGGCACAGAGCUCAGGCGGGUAGAUCGGAUUGUGAUGGAGAUUCCGAAUGACACACCUCGUCCAGUAUAUUCCGGCCAGCAUACGCGCAAGGAAACCGAGGAAUACUUGGAACACCUCGGGUUCCGCCAUGAGAGGUGCUGGGCGAUUUCCCGGGCAGAGCAUGACUGCGUCUAUGCUCGCUCUGAGGCAUGGAUAGAGCUGCCAUCGCAGGCUGAAUGCUUCCCAAGCAAUCGGACUCGUAGGCUGUUCGACCGCUGGCGUGCGAUAAUUGACUACAUAUGUUCCGCGAAGCAGUACCCCUGCGAGAGCGACACUGAACCUGAGGUGAAAAUGUUGUGGAUAGAAACACUCUGCUGUGGCAAGCUGGUGCCUGAAUACACCUGCUUCGGCCGGAAGCGUCGCCCUUCCUACGAGACAUGCUGCCUGGCCCCGUACCUGACUUCCAUCGGGUAUCCAAAGCCUGGCAUCAUCGCCGGCACUAGUCCUUCAUAG